GCGCGCAGCUAGCAGCGGGGUAAGCUGCUCCAAGACCCAGCGUUGGAGGAGACGAUCUGCUCCCCAUUGCAAGAGGCGCGGAGCUCAGGGGCGAAGAAACGCCGAGCGCGCGGUUUUCAUUGGGGUCGGUGUUCCGGCUUGGGAACUCUCGUAGAGUCUUGCCGGCAAAUGGGCGCUUAAGGAAGGAGAGCGGGGAAAUGGACUGCUAUUUGCGUCGCCUCAAACAGGAGCUGAUGUCCAUGAAGGAGGUGGGUGAUGGCUUACAGGAUCAGAUGAACUGCAUGAUGGGUGCUCUGCAAGAACUGAAACUCCUACAGGUGCAGACAGCAUUGGAACAAUUGGAGAUCUCUGGAGGGGAUCCUGUCCCAGGCUUCCCAGAAAGCCCCCCGACCCAGUCCAAGCACCUUCACUGGGAGGGUGGCAGAGGUCCUGCCAGACCUGGAUCCUGCUCCCCAUCCAGCCAACCUUCUCCCGGCAGCAGCACCAAAUCUCCAUACCAUAGGAGUAUCUGCGUUAGGGAUCUCGCCCCCUUGCCCAGGACACAGCUGCCGAAGCACCAAAGCUGUGCCCAGCAGGGGCCAGAGCGAGUGGAACCAGAUGACUGGACCUCCACAUUGAUGUCGAGGGGCAGAAAUCGGCAGCCUCUGGUGUUAGGGGACAAUGUGUUUGCAGACCUGGUGGGCAACUGGCUCGACCUGCCAGAACUGGAGAAGGUCGGGGAGAAGGAUGAGCCGGAGAGGGAAGAGCACAAAGGAGACAAAGGCCGGCCUCGGGAGCUGGGCCACAAAUUUGCCCUAACAGCAAACAUCUUUAGGAAGUUUUUGCGAAGUGUGAGGCCGGACCGUGACCGGCUGCUGAAGGAGAAGCCAGGCUGGGUGACACCCAUGGUCUCCGAGUCGAGAGCAGGACGUUCUCAGAAGGUCAAGAAGCGGAGCCAUUCCAAGGGCUCUGGACGUUUCUUCUUCCCAAGUACAGGGGAGUCCAGACAAGGGGAGACUCCCCCGACGAGUAGCCCCAAGGCCAUGGAUCCCUCUCCCACGGGUUUUGAUAUUAACACAGCUGUUUGGGUCUGAACACCAGAGACCAAAAAUUGGCUGAACCUAAAAUGUUGGGCCCCUAGGGAGGAGGGCGGGAGGGUGGUAAGGCCUUCAGAAGCCCAAAUCCAAGUUCCUUUCCCCCAGAAAGGAGGGAGAAGCCAGAGUUCUCAGGCAGAGCUGACCAGAAUGCAGCUGGGAGAGGCUGUCACAGGGCUGGCUGGUGGAGGAGGUGAGUUCCUGGAGAGAAUGUGGGGGUGUGUGUGUCGGGGUGUCAGUUCAGGGGUUGGAGAUGACAGUUGGGGAGGAGCAGGGGAGGAGACCAGAAAAUCCCUCUGACAUUCCUCCACUGCUCUCAAAGACCUCAGUGGAACAUUAUGCGUGGAAAAGCUCACUGGGGCCACAGGUGCCACAGAGACCCCCAAUAAAGACCUGUCUUUUGUGCCCCCAAUUUUACAUCUGUCUGCUUCUGCGGCUUGGCAUUGCUGGAAGCAGAGAUUGGGGGUCAGAGAAGAGGAAGGCAAAUCCCAGGUAGCAUUCCUGUUCCAUGGAUCUCAGCCCAUACCUGGAUCCUGGUAUAUGGGCUGAAGGAGGGUAGUGGAUGAGGUGUGCCUUCCCAUCAGCGCAGGGAAUCAAUGAGGGGACAUGCCACUGUGGACGCCCUUUGACAUCAAGCUCUCUAGUCCCUGGUGCUCACAGGCAGGCAGGCAUUUUCCAGUUGAGAAGGCAGCCUACACGGGGGGCUACCUAUCGUCCCAGAACACACCGCUGGGAGGUGAGCAGCCAGGCCACUGUGAUCUGGAUUCACACACUGGCCCCUAACAGCUGUCUGUCGCCCACACCAACAGCCAGCCUCCUGCGCUUGACUCUUGGGGCAGAACAGGUAAAUUCACCAGAGAAGGGAGGGCGAGCCCUGGAGAAAUUCCCCCUCAUUUAAAAAAUUCUUAGUCUCACCUGAGGCCCCUUAACUUCCAGCCCACCAGGGGCCUGGGUCUCCCUGCUCACACCCUAGAGUGAAGUUAACCGGAGAGUGAGGGUUCCAGACCACCGUGCAGGGCUUUCUGAAAGCUGCUGGGGUAAGUGGCCCGUGGUGAGCCGGCGCCUUGGCCCUCCCAUCCGGGCAGGAACUCCCGCUGGCCGCGAGAGGACAACGUGGGUCCCUGUCUGGGCCGAGCAAACCCAGGAGGGAGAGCCCUCCUUCCCCUCUCCCUCUCCCCUAGGACCCACAGCUCAGCCUGAUGGGGUGUGACAGCUGCAAUUAGAGGCAAGACGCAUUCCCGCCCUCAGAGCAUUAACAGCAAAUUGGAGAAGAAAAAUAACAAGAAAGGCUCUACUGCCAGCAGCCUGGAGCCCCAGGGGGCGGAGAUGGAGGGAGAGGCAGGGGGCUCUGAAGUCGUGAUUAAGGUCACCCUCAAGUGCCACUCAAAUGGUAGAUGGUUAGUUUUGGUGGGGUGAGCUAUACGAGGACAGAGAGGCACUUGUUUUGAGCCCGCGCUGUUUACCAGGCAGUGUGCACAUCUCUUUCAAGCUUUGAGUCACCCUAGAAAGAAUGAUCUUCCAGGUGCAGCAAUGGAGGCUCGUAGUGAGAUCAUGCAAACUGCCCCGAUCAUGCUGCUAGCAAAGGAAAAGAACCAGAAAUUGAACCAGAGGGUUAUUUGGCUCCCAAACCCCUGUUCUUUCCACUCUACACCUUCAUCUGCAGUUUGCCAACAGAGUUCCCUCUUUCUGGGGGGCAGAGCCCACGCAUCCUGUUGUCUCCCCAAUAAACUCUGACGUUACUCUGUGAAGGGAGGUUGGCUGUGGCUGCCUUUGGUAGUGAUGGUUGAUGUAUGUGUGGGGACAAUGCACUGAUUUGCUGAUUCCUGAGAGGAGGGCUGAUGAGAGGGUGAUGAGAGGAUGACACCAGCUCUGAGUCUGGUCUGAUUCCAUAGGAAACCAAGCCACCUCUUGGCUAUUCACCUGUGACUCUUCUAUUUUCAUGGGCUAGUCAUAGUAGUUGAGAUCAACUGAGCAAAACUUGAUGAAUUCCACCCAGUGCCAGCUAGGAACCCAGAACAGCAUGAUGCAAAGGGCCCAGUGCUGACCUCCAGGGGAUCCAGUGGAAAAGGAAGAGGCCAACUCCACCAUCAAUGAGCCAGAACAGAUUCAAAGGACUGAAGACUCAUUUUAACUUGGGCCAGAACAAAGCAACUAGGAAGUGACAUCUGCUGCCAACAUAAUUCACAGGUGCCAGGCACCUUUGCCUUUGUGCUAUUUCCUUUUCACUACAUGCUGGAAGGGAGUGCUGUUACUCUUAUUUUACACGGAUAGGCUCAGAGAAGUUAAACAACUCGUCAAGAUCGCACAGCAGAAAAGCAGAGCUGGGGUUCUAACAGUUCCCAUUUACUUGCAACCUUGUGCCUUUUACCUUAACCCCCAAACUGUUCCAGAGGUAAAUCAAGAACAAAACCUGUCCUCCCCACAUAUGAUGAGUGGCAUGCCAACUGUGCGGUGGAGGAAUUCUGCCUGGGUCUUGAUGCCAUGCCCCACCCACUUUCAUGCUUUGCUAAUCAAAGAUUAUGGUGAUUCAUUAACCCACUUGUAAUUUUUACUUUUCUGUCACCUUCUGGGCUCCUGCUGCGACAAUGAUGAGAACUGUUUUGCUGAGGCCAAGUGAAGAAAUGAAUGGGACUAAUCCUAGGGCCUCAGCGAUGCUGGAGAUCAUGGGGACCCGGGGCGGGGUGGAUGGAGAGGAGAUGGUGAAAGCCAGCAGAGAGAAACUGACAGCUUGAUUCUGCCUCUGGGGCUCAUUUUGUGGUUAAUUAGGACAUGCAAAUGAACUGGAAGCUCAUUUAAUACCCUCCCUGGCAUACAGCCCCACCCCACACCUGGCCCACUUCCCUGGCAGGUACAGGGGCCCACUGGCCCAGGCAUCUGCUCAGGGCUCCACCUGCUUCAUGUGGCCCCGUGGCCAGAACCUGUACAUGUUUUCUAACCUUAGUGGAACGAAAAGGUCCUUGCUGGGACUGGUGGGACCUGUUCCUUUUUAAUCUUUCAGAUGGGACCGCUCUCUCCCUGAGGCACUUCCUCUGAACCUCUCCCCUCAGGGUGAUCUCUGAACCCAAACUAAGGGAAGCCUGGUUCACUUAUGCCCCCGUAGGUAGUGAGCCAUCUAUCCUCACCACACCCAGCUACUCCCCAGAGGCUUGGGGAAGGGGCUCCUUGUCUUUUCCAAGCCACACCAGCAUUUCCUGCAGGGCCCAAGGAAAAAGCAAGACCAUAGUCUGUCUCCAGCUUCUCCAAAGCAGCUGUCAAUCUGCCUUAGGUGACCUCCCCACCCAGGCAUUUAAGGCACCUGUACCAGCACCAUGGUAUGAGCACUGGAUUUGGAGUCAGAGAGAUCGGUUUCUGUCACUGUGCACUUGAACACGUUGCUUGACUUCUCUGAGCCUUGUUUCCCUUAUCCAUGGAACAGGGGUAAGGCAGGACUGCGGUGGGGUUUAGAGGACACAAUGCACCUGGGGGUCACACUCACUGCCUGGAACACAGAAACUCCACCAAUACUGCACUGCCCAUUCCCUAGGACAGCACUGAGCAUGUGACCCAAGGCGAAAUCAAAAUAAAGUGUCUUCUCUGA